AUGAGCCUAAUCAUGUUUUUUAAUUAUCUAUCUAUGAAGAAAAUACUGUUUUAUAUCUAUCUAUCUAUUAUCUCCGGCCGAAUCUAUUUUUUACAUAUCACAAACUAUCUAUCUGGGACCCUAAAAUGUUUUCUUAUAUCUAUCUAUCUAAUCCUAAAAUCUCUAUCUAUCUAUUUAUCUAUAUAUCCUAUCUAUCUAUCUAAUUCUGUUUUGCAGAUCUAUCUAUCAUCUAUCUAUCUAUCUAUCUAUCUAUCUAUCUAUUUAAUCCUUUUUUUGUUAUCUAUCUAUCUAUCUUUCUAUCUAUCUUUCAUCUAUCUAUCUAUCACGCACAACUCGUUUUCAAUCAUUCUAUCUAGCCGAAUCAUGUUUUCAUAUCUAUCUAUCUAUCUAUCUAUCUAUCUAUCUAUCUAUCUAUCUAUCUAUCUAUCUAAUCAUGUUUUCAUAUCUAUCUAUCUAAUCCUGUUUUCAUAUCUAUCUAUCUAUCUAUCUAUGAAUCUAAUCCUGUUUUCAUAUCUAUCUAUCUAUCUAUCUAUCUAUCUAUCUAUCUAUCUAUCUAAUUCUGUUUUCAUAUCUAUCUAUCUAUCUAUCUAUCUAUCUAUCUAUCUAUCUAUCUAUCUAUGA